GUGGAGCCAUUUAAAUCAAUUUCCAAAAUGGCGGCACAGGUCGGGUUGGUUAGAGUCCUCAAAGUGGAAGAAAAACAGAAGGACAAUUCUGAGAAGCUGAACCGGGAGAAGAAGAGAAAAAAGAAGCGAGAGUGCUCACCGUCCAUCGUUAAAAAAGAAAAGAGAAUCAAAGUGCACCAUCACGAACAGCACCGUGAUGGUUACGGUGCAGCGCACCACCACUGCGCAGACAAGGAAUCACUUCGCACGGCCACUACGGGAGCUCCGGCCGCCGUUAUUCCGCUCAUUGCACCUGGUCUCUUUACCUUUUCUCCACUGAAGCUUCCGAAAGUAAAGGGGCAUGACGACAAAGAGAAGCGCGAACAUAGUCGGGAUAAAGAACGGAAACGUCGACCAAAGAAGGAAAACACCGAUGGAGAUGUUGUUAUUAAAGAGCUACCUGACGAGAAUGGCAAAACACAAACAAGCGAGUAUCUGGCUAAGAAGAUGAAAAAGAAAAAGAAGAAAAGGCACAGAGAGGAUCAGAGAGGCAUGCGACUUAAGAUGUACAAUAAAGAGGUGCAAACCAUGUGUGCUGGCUUGACAUGCUUAACCUCUGACCAGCUUCCUGUGGGUCUAGCAGAUGACCUUGCUCUCAAAUAUCUGAAGGAUGAGGAGCUUUGCCAGACGAGGCUGGGCACAGAUGAGUAUAGAACACCCAACGGGGUACAAAUGCCAUACCUCUCGCAUCAUGAUCACUGCAUUCGCAGCAAUUGCUUACGGACAGGCACCAGAUAUGGACAUUUCAUUCACGAGGAACAGCAGCCCAAUGGUGGAGCUUGUGUGCUUCACGCCUAUAUGGAUGAGCUUUCAUUUUUAUCCCCUCAAGAAAUGGAGAGGUUUGCAGAUGAGUUCUUGAGGCUGACAUUUUGUGAAAAUGAGAAGAAGUCUGCUCGUUAUGCUCUGGCAGUUGUUCACGGUGCAGCAGCCUACCUGCCCGAUUUUCUUGAUUAUUUCGCUUUCAACUUCCCAAGCACACCAGUCAAAAUGGAACUUCUUGGCAAGAAAGACAUCGAGACUACAACCAUUGCAAACUUUCACUCUCAGGUUAAUCGGACAUACUGUUCUGGCACAUACAGGGCGGGGCCCAUGCGCCAGAUCAGUUUAGUUGGGGCAGUGGAUGAGGAGGUUGGUGACUAUUUUCCUGAGUUUCUGGAUAUGCUAGAGGAAUCUCCAUUUCUGAAGAUGACUCUGCCAUGGGGUGGUUUGUCAAGCUUGAAACUAAAAUGUCGGUCUCAAAGUGAUGAUGGUCCAAUUAUGUGGGUGAGACCCGGGGAACAAAUGAUUCCCACCGCAGACAUGCCCAAAUCUCCAUUUAAAAGACGAAGGUCAAUGAACGAAAUUAAGAAUCUACAUUACUUGCCCCGUACCAGCGAGCCCCGUGAAGUCUUGUUUGAGGACCGUACUCGAGCUCAUGCAGACCAUGUGGGUCAGGGUUUUGACUGGCAAAGUACAGCAGCAGUUGGUGUCCUAAAGGCUGUUCAGUUUGGAGAAUGGAGUGAUCGACCUCGAAUAACCAAAGACGUGGUUUGUUUUCAUGCAGAAGAUUUCACUGAUGUGGUGCAGAGGCUACAGCUUGAUUUGUAUGAGCCACCUGUUUCUCAGUGUGUUCAGUGGGUAGAUGACGCAAAGCUAAACCAGCUCCGAAGAGAAGGCAUUCGCUAUGCCAGGAUCCAGCUGUGUGACGACGACAUUUAUUUCAUUCCCCGCAAUGUCAUCCAUCAGUUUAAAACCGUGUCGGCAGUGUGCAGCUUAGCCUGGCAUAUAAGGCUAAAGCAGUACCACCCUGAAAGUGAAACGGCACCCCACUGUUCAGAGUGCAGCACCCCUUCAGAGACUGAUGCCAAAGUGUUAAGGCCCGUGUCCGUAUCGGAGCCCAAUGCGACAGACAAGAGAGACCUGCCACCUGCACCAAAAUCACCAGCACAGCAAACGGUCAGCCCAGUACAGCCGAAGUCAGCGGUGCAGGCCUCCCACCAGUCAAUGCCAAGUGUGGCCCUGAAGACGGUGCCUUCUCUUCAUUUGGACUCUCAAUCAGACCACUUCACAGCACUCUAAUGUCUUUUGGGCUGGAAGUGGAAGUUUUUUUAUAGGGGUAUAGUGGAAUAACACCAUUCCGCCGUGGAAAAUAGGAGAUUAUGACCCUGUUUACAUAGAUAAACAUUUUGUAAUACCGUAAGGUGUAAACUAAGAUGUGUUCUCCUCAUUAUGGUAAAAAUCUGCUAUGGCACAUGGAGGUGACUGUGUUCAGUACCAGGUGAAGGAGUGGACUCUUCACCACUCUUGACUGACUGUACCAGUAAUGAAGUUAAGACUGUAUCAGAUGAACCUCGUUGAUGCUCCUUGGUGCCUCUUUUACAUUUUGACAUCGGAUGUUGUUCCAGACCACAGCUUUAACCAUCAGGCUGCAUUUGAACAGUGAGAGCAUAAGGAGGCAAGCCAGGAAUGAAAAACUGUUUACCUGUCUGAACAGGGUCUUUGGGAAGACAAGAGCACUUAACAGAAAUAAUAGGAAAGGGAAGUCAAUAAAGAAUUUUAUUCUUCCUGGGUGUUUGAAAUAAAUCUACACACUUUUCUGCCUUUUUACAUAAAUGUAUAAAGAUUUCUUUUUAAUUUCCUACAGCUUUAAGAUAGGCAUCACCCAGUAUAGAAAACAAGCCAGCCGAUCUUAAUCUCGAUUUUCAGUGUAGUAUUUGACUUUUUUAUUGUUUCCAAUUGUUUGUGAGUUUUCAAAUAUUUGCUUAGCAAACUAAUAGCUAGGUGUGGCAGACUAUGGACUUGCAGUAGGUGUGCAUGCCACUAUUGUGGCAAACUCUCUAGCAAGCCAGAAAAUCAUCUUUCCGGAUCUGUGUCUCUUCGGAAGGUGAGCAGCUGGCCACAUGGACAUCCAGGUUUCAUUUCAAAUGAUAUGUCUCCUCUCUUUGUACUCUUCCACUAUUUAAAUCUGUUAGAUGUAUUUAUUACAAAAAAAGAAAUAAAGACCAAUCAUGUUUUCUGCUUGA